GUGUCCAUGCAACAUCAGAGUGCGGUUCAGAUGGCAAAAGUUAUUAAGCAGGAGAGGCUGCAGCACUUUGCUUUUGCCUGAGUCUAUUGAAAAAGGCAAGAUUCUGCCCCCUCUUCCCAUCUGCUGUCAUCCUUUACCCUAUGGUUCCUGAGGAGUUAUAAAAGGGGCUACGGACCACAUGAUCAUAUCUGAAACUGGACUGAUAAGUUUUGUACCUGUGUAUGCUGAACACAUGCAAGUUGUGGAUCCAUCUUAUCAGCACAGCAUAUGAAGAACCAGAAGGAGAUUAUUCCCUCAACACUCAACUAAUUUUCCAGGAAAUGCAGAACUACUUUUUUUUUAAGGUACAGAUAUGAGAUUGCAGCUGGAUUUGAAAAGACGAAAGAUGAAAACUCCUGUUUUGAACAUCUUUCUGAAUAAUCUCCUAGGCAAAUGACACAUCUAAUCAAUUUUGCUGUAAAAAUGGGCAGCAAUGAUACUGGUGAUUAAAAACCUAGAAUAAUGUAGAUUUCAUAUGAACUGAAAAAGAGAAGAUUUGACUCACUCCAACUGGAUACAAUUACAUUUUGAAUAACCUUAAAAUUCUUCCCACUCACUUUUUUGGGCUCUCACUUUCUGAUUAUACAGUACUUUUGCAACUUUCUAUACUUUUUAAAGUUAGGUAAGGUAACCCCUACCCAAUUGAGGAUUGUGUAGGGUUUUCAACUCUUCCCAGCCCAUCAUUUAUUCAUUCGCCUUGUUUUGCAUUGCUUGUGUUGCCAAAUUAAUGACUUUGAGACAUGAUCACCAUGUCUAAUUUACCACUGCAAUAUGAAGCUCUAUUUGUAUGCAUGGAUCUUGUAGUAGUAAGUUAAAAGUCAUUCAUUUGCACAAAUUAGUGAGAGAAGUUGGUAUCCUAGGGUCCAAAGCAUCCCACUUUGGAUCAGUUCCAGACUAUGCCAUGUUGUUUACAUGGCCCUGCUCCUAAACCAAAUCAACAGGGGAAAGAAGAAGAAGAAGAAGAAGAAGAAGAAGAAGAAGAGUAGUAGUAGUAGUAGUAGUAGUAGUAGUAGUAGUAGUAUUGGAGACAUGAAAACAUCUCUAGCCUGAAUCCUGCACAGUUGGUUUUCUGGGAUCAUAGAAUGACUGUUCCGUCCCCCAGAGGUUUGGUUUGCAUUUUUUAUAGUUGUAGGAAUAGCAUCUGUUUGCAUUUGCUCCAGGGUUGCUGCAAAUUCUGCAUAGUACUUACGUAUGCUGCGGAUUUCUCCGCCUGAGUUAAGCCUGCACGGCCAUAGAGACUUUGAUUUUGUUGGUCUGUUGCAGUGAAGCUUGCUGCCAGGCCGAAAGACAGUUGAGAGAGUGGGACUCCAUUCCUUCAGCCUCUGUAGUAUCCUGCUCUUCAGCUCGCGUGUGUGCGCGUAGCCCCGCGGCUGCUUCUGCAAUUGCACGGCUGUGCAAAACCCAGCAAUCUACCCUGAGCUCCUUCGGCGGCAGGCAUCGAGCCCCGGAGCUCCAGCAGCAGUCUUUGGGCUCACACAGAAGUGGUGAGUCCAGAAGCACCAGGCCGGGACCCGGAUAAGCCUGGCAACUGCAAAAGAAAGCUCUGGCUGAGUCUUCACAGUGGCUAGGAUCUCGGCCGGGACAGUCACCCGGCAGUGGUGACCUGCCUCAUCGUCCUGCGGUGGUGACCUGUCUCAUCGACCUGCGGUGGUGACCUGCCUCAUUGUCCUGCGGUGUUGGCCUGCCUCAUCGUCCUGCGGUGGUGACCUCCCUUCACAGCGGGGAGGAGGCAUCCCUUCUCUUCUCCUUUCCAAAGCCAGCCUCAGUGCUCCUUCGGCGGCAGGCCUCGAGCCGCGGAGCACGAGGUGCUUGAAAAUUUGGUGAAGUCGCCAUUUUAGCAGUUUAUGUCACUUGGGCAAGGGAGGCAUCAAGUGGCAAGUUGCUGUCAGUUGGCGUUUUGCAGCUUACUCGCCAAAGUUUGGCACCAAAGGUCACAGUCUUUGCAAAGUAUAGUUACUUGGUGAUAUAUAUCGCUAUGGUUAAGUGCUGUGCAUUGUAUUAUAUAUUGCAUUUGCUUUUAUUGUAAAUUUACUUGCUGAUAUAUUUCAUUUGCUUUUAUUGUAAAUUUACUUGCAGGUAUAUUGCAUUUGCUUUUGUUGUAAAUUUACUUUCUAUUAAGAGUACAUAAUGUCUAUGCAGUUUCAAGACGAUGAAGGUGAGAUACCUCCUUCUGAGGCUGAAAGUAGGAAUGAAAGGCCACAAAGGAUAAAGCACCCUUCAGCCAAGAUGCUAGCCCAUCUAAUAGACGAAAAGGAGCUCCUCCAUGUGAGGUUAGGUUCGGCAUGGGAGCGCAUUGUAACAUUAAUGGGCAGAAUAGAGUGCUUGGGUAUUACAAGGGUGCCAUCCAUAUUACAGUCAGACCUCGAGGAGACCUUCGGUCUUUGGAGGGAUUUGGUGACUAAGAUAGUCCAGGUCCUCGAGCGCAUUAACGCCAAGGAUUCAGAGUUAGAAAUAGUGAGUGUCUUAGCCGAUACUAAUGAGAAAGAAAAUAGAGUGAGGGCAAUUCUAGAUGCCUUGGAAUUUAGUUCUCCACCUAUUAAUCUAAGGUCUGAGCCAAAAAGAAAUCAGUCUUCCUUAUGUAGCCAUGAGACCAACCUUCUAAAAUCGCCUGCUGCGGCGCUUAGUCUUAAGUCCAACCGCUCUAGCCAGGUAUCUAAGUUAAGGGAGCGUGCUUCGUCUAAACACAGCCACUCUAACAAGUCUUCCGCUGCUGGGAGUGCCAUCUCUUCCCUAGCUGCCCUGCACAUUAAGGAGGCUGCGCGUCUUGAGCUACAGAGCAAGGUUGCGGAGGCGGAAGCUGAUGCAAAGACAGCUGACUACAACCUCCACUUUCAAAUAGAACAGGCCCUAAGUGGGCAACUCACAGAAGAAAAUGUAAGUCAGUUGCCAAAGCAGGACCCUUCUUCCAAGGUGCUUGUGCAUCUUAAUAGCUUAAACAGCCAGCUUUCUGACGAGGACACCGACAAGCCGGCCGCACCAGAGAUGCAGGUGGAGGUUUCAGCAGUCGCCUGUACAGAGCUGUGUUCUGACUCGCACCAGUACAGAGUUUGUCAUCCUAUCUGCCUAGCGGAUGUAUAUCCAGCCAAGAGCCCUUGGCUUAGAAAGAGACUCUAUGUGGCCCUGGAUUCACAGAGCGACGCCUCCCUGGCUACUCCAGAGUUCUUCCGCAUGUUUGACUUUAAAACCAAGAUGGUCGACUACACCAUGACUACAUGUGCAGGAAAAAAGAAGUUGCAGGGUCGCAUAGCAUCUGGCUUUGUUGUCUCCUCUUGCGACCAGAAGAGACAGUUCAAGCUGCCAGACCUGAUUGAGUGUUCCUCCAUCCCUUGGAACAAAAAGCAAAUUGCAACUAAAGAAGUUGUGGAGACUCAUCCACAUUUGCGAUGAUUGAAGAAUGCUAUACCAGCCUUUCAGCCAGAUGUGGACAUUGCCCUUUUGCUUGGCUCGGACUGCCCAAGCGUGUUCUGUGUGAACGACCAAGUAAAAGGACCCCCAGGUGCACCUAUCGCACAACAACUGCCAUUAGGCUGGACAGUCAUAGGCCCGGUGUGCAUAAAGAAGAUGCACCCACCAUCGUCGUUGGACUCCAAUCAAGCACAGGUGCUUAAAGGUGGACGUCCUACACUUGUGCGCAGUUGCCUAAGUCACGUCUCAGUCUAGCCAAGGAAUAACUCCAGAGUAUUCCUCCAUCUUCAAAGUCUCUGAGAGAGAUGAAGCCACAGCGCUCUCGAAAGAUGAGCAAAGGUUCUUGGACAUUAUGAACGCUCAAGUCUCACGAAGUGCAGAGGGAAAUUGGGUAGCCCCUGUGCCCUUUAAAUCAGAUAAGCCCACUUCGCCAAACAAUAGACAUGUGGCAGGGAAAAGACUCUGGUCCCUAAAGAAAAGGAUCCAUCAUCAGGGUAGAACUCUAACUGAGGCAGCCCUUAGAAAUGAAAGUCUGUGGGUAGUUAAUGCUGAAAGGUUGGUCAACAGUUGUAUUUUCAAAUGUGUUAAAUGCAGGCACCUUAGGCGAAACUGUCAAAAUUGGUUAAUAGCAGAACUACCUCAGGAUAGGACUUUGACAGACCCACCCUUUUCCCAUGUGGGAAUCAAUGUGUUUGGUCCUUGGGAAAUUGUUACCAGAAAAACCAGGGGUGGUGUUGUCAAUAAUAAAAGAUGGGCGGUUUUGUUUACUUGUUUGUCAAUAUGAGCUGUCCAUAUAGAGGUUGUAGAGGGAAUGGACACUUCAUCAUUCCUAAAUGCCUUGAAAAGGUUCAUAGCCCUCAGAGGGCCAAUUAAGUCAAUCCGGUCAGACUGUGGCACCAAUUUUAUAGGUGCUAUCAAAGAACUUAGCUGUGUGGCUAAGUUUGAGGGGGACACCAAAGUUUGAGACUUCACUAACUGUGAGCAAAUUCUUUGGACAUUUAAUGUUCCCCAUGCUUCCCACAUGGGUGGAGUUUGGGAGAGGAUGAUUAGCAUUAGUCGCAAGAUUCUUAAUGCCAUGCUUCUGAACCAUAAGUUUUUGACUCAUGAUGUUUUGAUGACACUUAUGGCGGAAGUUACCGCAAUUAUCAACAACCGGCCGCUGGUUCCCCUUACCAGUGACCCUGAGAACUUACAACCACUGUCUCCUGCACUUAUUUUGACACAAAAAGUGCCAGGAUGGAAGGACAUUAUGCACCCAGUUCCAGACGGAUCUCACCAUGCCCUGUGGAAACAGGUGCAGACCUUAGCCAACCACUUCUGGAAGAGGUGGAAGGCCAAGUAUCUAAGCCAGCUUCAAACCAGAAGAAUCUGGCAAAAUCCAAAGGACAAUGUCAAGGUGGGCGACCUUGUGUUGCUAAAGGACAAAGACUUGCCCCGCCAUGCCUGGCCUAUGGGCAUUAUACUAAAGACCUUUCCUUGCCCUGACAGUAAGGUUAGGAGAGUUCAGCUAAAGACUCAUAAUAAGGACAAAAUGUCUGUCCUAGACAGACCAAUCAGCGAUCUCGUAUUGCUUGUUGAAAGUGUGUAAGUUUUAUACUGUUUUAUUGUUGUGUAUACAAAGGUGUUUGUAUGUUUUUGAGUGGUAAAUUUCCAUAUCCUGGAAAAUUUAAGCGGGGAGUGUUCCGUCCCCCAGAGGUUUGGUUUGCAUUUUUUUUAUAGUUGUAGGAAUAGCAUCUGUUUGCAUUUGCUCCAGGUUUGCUGCAGAUUCUGCAGCAUCUGAUAGUUUAGCCUGUUUGCAAGUCUUUGCUGCCUGCAGCCUGCAAAUGUAUCAUUUUGUUCUGGAGACCGCCCCUUUUCCAGGGGAUAGAAGGCUCCAUUUUGAGAAGCCUAUUCUGCCUUCUAGACUGAAGGAGAAACAUCAUAGAUGUGCUUGUGUGGCCAAGCCAGGCCAACUCUGAAAAGGCCAUCAUAAGUACAAACAAAUGACCUGCCUUUAAAACCAGUGCCAAGCAUAGAUAGGGGAAAGACCUGUUCUUUCUAAUAGCUUUGGCACUGGGGCAGAGAACAUCUUCGGAUUUCUUUGCCACUGGAGGAAGCCCUACCAACUUUGCCUCAAAAACUAGCUUUGGGCUUAGAUAGUUAUAGAUCUUUUAAUAGCAUCUCAGAGCUAGGGUGAAGAGGAUCUUAGGACCUCUUUGCCUUUGGUGGAAGUGAAUCCAGCAACCAAAAAGGGAAAAGCAAGCAAGGAACAUCUGCAAGGUUUUAUAAGUGGACUGUUUUUAUUUGCAACUUUAAUUACAUGUGCCAAGUCUUCCAAGGACUUUGUGUAAAUAAAAUUUUGUUGGAUUGUUCUACUUGAAGUGCCUUUGGUUACUGGGAUUUCCAGAGCUUCUAAGUAAGGCCCCCGCAGUUCAUCUGGGCAAAGGAAGAAGCACAUCCUAAAGUGUUAAAAAGGUGCCUGGAUGUGACGGCAUAAUGACUGGAAGGAAAGACUGUUAAAAUCUGCCUAUUUCUUAAAUGCCUUGCUUCCUUCUUAGCUGCUGCACCCACAGCCUUGGUCUUACUAUCAUCAACAUUUCUGCAGAUAAUAUAGUAGAACAUCAGCAGCAUUCACUGAGUUUGUAUUUCACUGCACUUUCCCAAAUCCUGCCAGCAUUUUUGGUUGCUUUGUAUUCUGUUAUAAAACUGUUGUGUUCCAUCCUCCCCUCUCUGAGUCAGGUGGUGCUGUUUCUAAUGUCAGCAAAAGUGGCAAGUGACAUCUAGGAGCUCUCUGGAGCUCUGUGGCUACUGCUUCAGCAAGAAAGAUGACAAAGGUAAGGGGGACUGUCCAGUCAGGCUGGAACUGGUUUGGCCCAACUGGACAGUAUGGAGUCUGCUUCCCUUGUGGACAUCUGGUAUUCAGAGGCCUGCUGUACCUACAGAAGCCCCUGGGUGGGAGAACCACUUCUGGUACAAUCCUCAGAGGGCCUCCUUCCAGAGUUCCCACCCUUGUCCUCCCUGCUAAGGUAGCCAACAAUGUAGUUGUCCACCACUACAGCUAGAUUUGAUUUGCCUUUAUUUGGUAUUUCCUUGUUUUCAGGGAUUAUCUUGUACCACCCUAGGCUAUUGGAAGAGACAUGGAAGAAUCAUGAAAAACCAACUGCAAUAUUCACAAAAAGACCCAAAAAGUCUUCGUAGGAUGUCUCCAAGUUUACUUUAACGUCUCUUGACCUGCAAUGCUCACAGAAAGUGAAUUGAAUUGAUGGUUGGCGGAAAGCCAGGUAGAGUAUAAAUUGUCACCAUUCCCUACAAUAACCACACAUUUUAUAUCCUGGAUCAUGACAGCUGGGGAUGUGUAUGCCAAUUUGUCUAUCUUUUGAAACAAAUGAAAACUACUAAAAAGCAACACCAGUGGCAUACGGUAGCUGUUCUGAAAUAAUUUGGAACUAGAUGGGUCUGUUAUUCUGUUCACAGCUUGUAUCUAAUCUCAUCCUUUAGUUUCACUUUGAUUUGUGGAUAACAUAUUUCCUGGCAAUCUACUAUACUAUGAUAAAUCCAAAAGAGCACGCGCACACACACACACGCAUUUUCCCCAUUGACUCUUUGAAGCUGCAUUCAAAUUCUAGUUCAAACUGAACUAACAAAAUGCAAAUACAGUAAAAAGUAAAGAUAAAGGUUUCCCCUUGACAUUAAGUCUAGUCCAGUCCAAACGGUGGGGGGUGGUGCUCAUCUCCAUUUCUAAGCCAAAGAGACAGCAUUGUCCGUAGAUGCCUCCAAGAUCAUGUGACCUGCAUGACUGCAUGGAGCACCAUUACCUUCCCACCAGAGCGGUACUUAUUGAUCUACUCACAUUUGCAUGUUUUUGAACUGCUAGGUUGGCAGAAGUUAGGGCCAACAGUGGGAUCUCACCCCACUCACCGGAUUUAAACCACCUACCUUUCAGUUAGCAAGUUCAGUAGCUCAGUGGUUUAACCUGCUGCACCACAGGACUUCACAUGGAUAUGCAAAAUGGCAGAUAAUAGCAAACCCUAUUAAAAUGAAGGAGAUCUGGCCUAAGAAUACCAUGGAAUCAUACUAGAGGACAAAGAAAAUAUCUAGAGGUGACUUUUUUGUCAGAAAUAGAGAAAUUGAACUGCAGAUACUGUUCCUACAAGAUAUGGGAGGUUGUAUUCUAUAGUAUCUUCUCUGGUCUUAGGAUCUCAUCAUACUUACUGAAAUCAGCGUCCUAGGAUGCUUCCAAGGCAUCUUCAGGACGGAGCCCCACGCUGGCCAUCACACAAUGUCAUGUGACUUCCAGCGGAGGCUCCACCCCCAACUGGGGUAGAAGCAUCAUUGGACGCUUCCUCCAGAACAUAGGAGACUUUAGGGAUGGAUAAAGUGCAGUCUUUUUGUUGGUCUUGAACUCCAACUCCCAAUAUAGCCAAUAGUGAUAAAUGCUGAAAGUGACAAGUCAAUAUCUGGAGGUCUGCACUUUGUCUGUUCCUCCUGAAGAUUAUACACAGAGAGUCAGGGGACAGCCCCUCCCCCCCACACACACACACACAAAUGAGUUUAGUGGCUGUACAGAAGAGUGACAUCUUGUGACAUCUGGCUAGAACUUCAAAUGAACAGGGCAAUUCUAAAUUAUGUAUAGGGUUCUUGACAGAUAUCCAUCUUCUUAUGAAGCAGCAUCAGUUCCCAACAAGGUAUUCUCUAGCUUCUCUGGCUUAAAAAAAUCACACACCAUUUGUGCAGGGAAUCAGCCUUCAUUUAAGUCCCUUUAUGGCUUCUAUUAAUAGGGUACUCAAUUCUCUUACUCCCCUUGUCUUCCGUUUAUGCCAUGGCUUUUGUUUCCUUUUAACAUCGACCCUAGAGAACAGGGAACAGACAAACUGCAUUAUCCCAGUAAUUAGCCAUCUCAACAGCAUAGCAGCAUCACAGCGGCAGUAAUGCUGUGUAACAAUUUGCAUAAAUUAGUUUUUGUGUCCCAGGAAAACAAUUUCUGUAGCAUUUAGAAGGAGAAUAAGUGGUGAGGAGGGCCUGGCUCACAGCAAUUGUUUAUUGUAAUCAGACUAAAGAGAAGAAUGGAAGGAGCAUUAAGACAAUGGCACUGUUGUGUCAUUUGCAAAGCUGUCGUGUUUUGUUCCAGUGGAAUGGCAAUUGAAAUUGCUAACUUGAUGCUGUGAUGAAUUAAGUCUGAAAAUAUAAAAUCUGUCAGUCCUGUAUUUAUUGUACAGAGUUGCCCCAGCUUUUCUCAUCCUAUUUGUGUUAAAAGCUGUUUACCCAUUUCUUCAUGAAAAUUUGGUUUUUUUGCAUACAUUUUUCUAUAUCCUGAGGUCCUGUUGACUAUAACACGUUUGUUUAUAUUACGUGAAUUUUUUAUUGUGGUAUUUUAUGUGAAUCUUUUUGUACCAAAUCACAUCUUAUGUAAUGGAAAUAUACAACUUUCCAAGGCAAGAUGUGUUUUGCCUAAUGAUAAGGAUGGCCCUGGAUUCUCAAGUCAAACUACGAUAUGAUUUAGUCUCAUUUUAUGAAAGAGCUAUUCAUUGUUCUUGCAAGCCUUGUACAAGAACAAUGCAUUUGUAUACAAAGCCAAUGUUUCCCGAUAGACCAAAAUAAACAAGGUAAACUUAGUUACACAUUCCCCAAACAUAGGCACAGUGAGAUCCACAUUUUAAAAUGUCCUUGGAGAGAAAUGCAGCCAAAAAAGCAAAAGGAAAAUGAGUAAUAUUAAAAGCUAGAUGUAGCAGAAAGCUUUUGAUUACAGUUUUCCUCUUUUUAAAAAACAUUAGAGUUUUCUAAAAUCCCUUUUAAAUCAUCUCCCGUUCUGUCAUAAAGGACUUGUAGGACAUACCAGAUAGAAAAUUGGUCAAGGAUUUAGUUUUAUAACUAGUCUUCUUGAACUCAGAAAAGUUUAUUUUUUCCUGAAAGACUGAUAAAUGGUUCUAGCUGUAGAUUAUGGAAGCUGUAGUAUUCAUCAGUAAUUGAACUCUACUCUGAACAACAACAGAACAAUGACAAGAAGCUCCCCACUAAGCCAGAAUCCUGUGUCACCCCUGGAAACCCCAAAACUACACCCAGGGCUAUUUUCUGACAAUAUUAUUCAAUGACAUUGUCCAUAUGGCUGAAAGCAAAGGAGAUUCCACCUGAACAUAGGAAGAACUUCCUAACUGUGAGAGCUGUUCAGCAGUGGAACUCCCUGCCCCGGACUGCGGUGGAGGCUCCUUCUUUGAAGGCUUUUAAGGAGAGGCUGGAUGGCCAUCUGUUGGGGGUCUAUGAAUUCGAUUUUCCUGCUUCUUGGCAGGGGGUUGGACUGGACAGCCCACAGGGUCUCUUCCAACUUUAUGAUUCUAUGAAAGACAUAUUGAACAUUAACAGACAGCAGGUGAACAUAAGGAGAUUAUGUAAAUACGUAUAACGAGUGUAUUCAUCCAGGAUGUAUAAAAUAUGACCCUCCAGAUGUUGGACAACAACUGCCAUAAUCUUCACUAUUGGAAAUGCUGGCUGAAGAUAAUUAAUGUUGUAUUCUCGUAAAAUCUGGAGGUUCACAUAUUUUUUUAUCCAGCUGUAAUAGUAAUAUAUUCUGCAAAUUUUAACAUUCUGAUGCAUCGAAAUAUAUGUUGGUAGGAAGGAAGAAUGGAAAUGGCACCUGGAAAGAGAGGGAAAAUCUAAACAUUUUCAAAAUCUCCAUAAUAUCUAUUUGGAUGAAAAUCUACUGACAAUCUAAUGGGACUAACCUCAAAGUAAACGAAGAAUUUAGCUUUGGUUUAUUUUAAGGUCUUAAGGUAGCUGGAUAUUUUAAACUAAAAGUGAAUACUAAAACAGAUUACUGUUGUUUCAAAUGGACAAAUAGAUUACAUAUUACAAGUAUCUGGUGGUAUAACAUUUCUUUGAGUCCAAAGGACCAGAAUCACUAUUGGGAUUGACUCCCUGGACUGCGAAAGCUUAAGGUCCAGAUCUUUCCAGGUGUUUAAUUAAUCUGGAACAAACUGGGAUCAACAGCAAAAUGUUGCACCAUCUUUGGCAGCCCACCAUCUGCCAAAAUCUCUAGAAAAAUGUAAUAUUGAAAUGAACAAUAGUUGAAAAUAUAAAAAAUACAAACAUGUUUGUUGAUAUAACAAUGAAAAAAUAAUAUGGACAGAAGCUCAUUUUUGUAUGCUGAAACCAAUGCUAACUCAAGUUUCUUAUCAAUUACUGUAUUUUCCAUGUAGUGUCAAGUACUGUUCUAAUCUGAAGAAUAAAAAUAGCACAGAAUGAUUUGCAACUGUUCUUGCCACAUCAUCAAACUAUUUACAUUGCUUCAAGCAACACUGUUUGCAAUGUCACAGUAAGGUGCCAGGUUGGUUGGAGAUAAAGCAAAUUAAAUGGCUACCCUGGAAAUAUUUAUCCUAAGCUCCCCUUGCAACAAGGAGGAGGAGCAUAUGGGACCUUCCUGAUGUUGGAAAGCAGCCUCUGCCAUCCUUCCCCAUUGGCUUUGCUGGAUCAUUUUAAGAUUAUCUGAAGCAGCCAUGGACAAACUUCAGCCCUCCAGAUGUUUUGGAUUUCAACUUCCAGAAAUCCCAGCCAGCCUACUGGCUGUUAGAAAUCGAGGGAGUGCAAAACACCAGGAGGGCUGAAGUUUGCCCAUGCCUGAUCUAAGGGGCCACAUGACUAUCAACCGUACCAUAUGACUUCUAGUCUAGGUAAAGAGGUGUUCUGUUUCCGCUUUCUAAUGCAACCACCUGGUUAUUCCUAACAAUCUUUGACUUCUGAAGACAUUUUUUUAAGGAUUUGUUUCAAUCCAAUUUCAAAUACAUUGUGUUGCAAACCAUAUAGAAUAUUGUGAUGGCGCAAGUGGCGCCAUCUAUAUGUAGAACUGUAAGUUGCAAGAUUUGAAUUGUUGUAUCAUGCCUGAUUUUGCCUUUAUCCUGUAAAUGUAGUUGGAUUGAUUGGUUAUUUAUAGCUGUCAAUCAAUGUUGUUUGCACCAGUUAUAUUGCUUCCUCAGCUCAAUUGUUUGGCUCCACCUCUUCCUGGAGUAGGACAGUGUUUCCUUUUUUCAUUCCACCAUCAAGCUUUCUACCAGAUGGACGUGCGAGAGAGACUUGGCUCUAAAAGCCCUUGAUUCAGUUCCCUCUCGGCACCAAUUCUGAGGUUCUUACCCUUGAGACUUAUGCUUCAUGUUCAGGACCAACCUGGACGACGUUGAGGAGUCUCAAACACCUUCAAAUCAGUUCUUUAGCACCAAAGGAAGACUGUGUCUUCAAACAUAGGCCAUUUGGACUGAGGCUGAUGAUUGCUCCGGCAUUCACAGCCAUUGAGAAAGAGGGACCUGGAAAAGCUUCUCAGCUACAGAGCUCCUUGGACUUAAGACAACCAAAGACUGUAAUGUAUUUUCCUUUACCCCUUUGAAACUUCCAGCUUAUUGCCUUAAAGGGAUAACCUUUUGUGAACAAUAAAACCAGUUUUUGAG